AUGAACUUAAUGAUCACAUCCAAAAAACCUUAUUUACAACAAACAGCUCUCAGGCAUCAGAUUUUUGGAAUAUGGAAAGUCGAAAUUACAACAUCGUUGGAACAUAAUCGUUCAUUGUACGAGCAGGGUAAGAUGCAUUAUUUGGGCAGCAGAACUCCAGAUGCGCCACGACGUUCACUCACCCUCGCUUCAUCAUAUCAGUACCCGAGUGACACAGAGUCAGUGCAGCAACCGCACUGGAGGAUACGUCGUUCACUGGUCGAAAGAUCAUCCAGUGCUGUGGACGUCGACGGGUUCGUUAGUAUGAGACGUCAUAAAGCAGAUGAUAAUGCUUUCAGAAUGGGUUCUAAACAGACACUUGUCCCACCCAUGCCUUAUCUAAGAAAUUGCUCACUGUUCUCAGAACGAUUAAUACGUGAUCGAAGUUCACCAUCUUAUUUAUCACUAAAUUUUUCAAUAGCCGAAAAAUGUUCGAUCCCAAGCAAUAUGAGGGACAUAAAAGAAAGCAAAAGAACAUCCGUGAAAAAUAUUUCAAAUGAAUCUGUCGAAAAUAACUUUGUGCAGUCAGCGAAUAAGGAUGCAUUGGCAGUAGGUUCAAAUGAUCUCAAUAAUGAUGUCAAUGCCAACGGAAUAUGCUUUCAGUGCUGCAACCUUCAAAAACAGCUGUCUGAUUUGUCGUGCAGUGAAUUAAGAUUAAAAGAAGCGACGGAUGAAGCGAAAAGUAAAAUAGUUGAAAAUCAAAGAAGGAAGGAAGAAGAGAGAGUUAUUGUUGACAAAAGUGUUGGAGGCUCAUGUGAAAUGCUUUAUACCGAAAAGAUAAAGGAGGGGAAAAAAGACACUGGCACUGAUGCAUUGCUUAUCGAAGUUGAUGAUAAGAGGACAAGUAUAUCGUCGGUGGAUCGAGUCGAAAUGCUUUGGUAUAAAGAUAUCGCCAGUUCACCUGUUUCAGAACCACAGUUCUACUCGACUGGAAUUACAACUGACAAACUGUUGGCUUCUUCUCGUGGCUCUGCGACCGAUUUACCGAAUCAGGAACUGCUGGUUAUUGGGCCAGAAUGUCAUUUUGAAUGUAGCGCUGAACCAUUGGUCACUAAUGGUUAG